UUUGAAACACAUUCCCGCUGAAUCAGGGUGUGUGUGUUCGACACAGACGCAGACAGCACAGCAUUGGCUAGCUCUCUCUCCCCCACAGACACAGAAGCCAGCGAGUGUAUCACAACCAAAGCAAACAUAGCCUUAUUAACGUGACGCGAGGGAGACUCGAGGAGACACGACUGACUGUCUACUCUCAGGGAAGAGGAGGAAGCUGGCGACACUUGACUUCCCAACACCCUCAUCCAGAGCACCUGGAGGGAGGAAAUCCUUCCCUCUGCAUACGCUGAGGAACACACAACAACGACUACAAGCCUGAGAAGUAGAGAAGUAGAAGAGAGACCAGCACCAAGGUCUUUCUCUUUCCCUUUCACUCUCUCUCCUGCUGUGGAGCUCGUCUCUCCAGUCCCUAAAGGUGUUCUGCCCGACCGGAUUGACUGAUCUGCUGUCAUCAUGUCAGAUGGAGAGGAGUGUCUCUCUCCCAUCGGUCUGGACUGCUGCUCCUGCUGCCUGGACCUGGCCAACUGUGACGACCCAGCUGGAGGUGGGGGCCAAGGCAGAGGCCACAGCACCCCUCUGAUGGGCAGCCCCACGUCGCUCAGCCACUUCCGCCAGUUCCGGGAGCAGCUGACGUUCCAGAACCAGAACGUGAACACGGACAAGCUGAACAGCAUGAUGAGGCUGGACUCUCUGGAGUCGGUGGUCAGAGACCCCUGUUACCUGCUCAACGAGGGCAUCUGCAACAGCAACAUCGACCAGACCACGCUGUCCAUCCUGCUGUUCUUCCACAGUGCCUCGGGUGCUAGCGUUGUUGCCAUUGACAACAAGAUAGAACAGGCAAUGGAUCUGGUGAAGAACCACCUGAUGUACGCAGUCAGGGAGGAGGUUGAGAUCCUCAAGGAGCAGAUCAGAGAACUGGCUGAGAAGAACAACCAGCUAGAACGUGAGAACAGCCUUCUGAAGAACCUGGCCAGUCCAGAACAGAUGGAGAGCUUCCGCGAACGGGUUCCGUCCGACUCAGACGCUCUGGUCCCCCUGCAGCUGGACAACCAGUACCAGCAGCAGGCCCAGAUGGGACUCCAUAACCCUGACCAGUCCUGCCCCUUCAGUGCUGGCUCUGCUGUAUAGGUGGCUCUGCCUUUGACCUCCAAUUGUAAACUGAUCGUCGCUGCCAACUUCAAUGAAGCUGUCUGUAACAGAUGAUGAAACACACAAUUGAUGAAAAGCACAUGAAAAGACGCUCUAACUAGCGGCUAUAGGCUGAAGCUAUACGCUAAGAUAAGCCCGUCCUACGACAUCUAGACUCUUUCUCUUUAGACAAAAGCGCUAAACGAGAGGGCUCACAUGUAGCCAGCCGGAGAACGCUUGCAUUGGGACAGAGGGGAGGCUCCGGCCUUCUGGGGUCAGGAGGGCCAACCCUUCAGCCAUUCUCUACCACCCCUGCUACAGAGGGGGGAGAGGGCUAAGAGACAGGGCUGGCCCGGAGAUCUGAUCCUGUGGAUGCCUCUCCAGGUCCAGCCACGGAAAAGGAAAUCUUUUCUCAAGACAGAUGGCCCUCCAGUCUCCACUAGAUCCCCAUUUAACUAGGCAAGUCAGUUAAGAACAAAUUGCUCCCUUGUUCAGGAGCAGAACGACAGAUUUUUUACCUUGUCAGCUCGGGGAUUCAAUCCAGCAACCUUUCAGUUACUGGCCCAACGCUCUAACCACUAGGCUACCUGCUACCUGAAAUCCAUGGGGAUUUCUUCUUCUAGCUGCUGAUAGUACAAGCUCUGAGUAGUUCGAAAAUAUCUCAGCCAUCUUGUGACUGUUUCCACCUGCCACCAUCUACUGAUAUUCUCUGUCAAUAUUCCUUAUUAAGAAGCAACGUGUCUUUAGGAAACCAAACCUGAGCUCCAGUUGAACGAGUAGAGGAGGAGGAGGAGGAUCUAGGAGAUCCUGGACUGUUGCUGGGAGAGAGAGGCCUGUUGCUUCUCUAUCUCAACCUCGCUGGUGAUAGGAGAUGCUGGACUGUUGCUGGGAGAGAGAGGCCUGUUGCUUCUCUAUCUCAACCUUGUUGGUGAUAGGAGAUGCUGGACUUUUGCAGGGAGAGAGGGGCCUGUUGCUUCUGUAUCUCAACCUCGCUGGUGAUAACUGAUUACCAUAAUCAUGAUUCAGAACAUCAUAGCUUGUAUUCUUUGCAGUUGGGGUGUGCUGCUCAUGGGGGAAAAUCCUGCUAUUUUAUGUUUGUUUUGUGAUUCUGAACAAAAUGGAAUACUUGUUAAUAGGAGCAUUGUAACUGUUCAGUUAAAUGAUUUAUUAUGGGGAGGGAAGUAUCUAAUACCCAGUAUGCCUAGCUCUGUACAUUUUACUAACAUGUUCAGAGUAGUGGGCUGGAGAUGAAUUUGAGCAGCUGAUUUUUCUUCUAAAGGCUGUGAAUGCGAUCCUGACCUAGCAGGCAUGUUCUGCGUGUUCAGAUGCCAACCUCAACUUGAAUCAAUGGCAUGACUAUAGUGCCUAUCUCCAGAAGAGGAAUACCAACAUUUCCACAAUGGACUUUUGGUAGUUUUCUAACUACCAAAGACUUCGUCUCAUUACUACUCCAAACGAAACCAAGCAACCUGGACCAUGUGUACAUCGUUCACAGAGAGAACUCUUGUUAGCGUGUGUUUUUUUGUUAUAAACGUUGGGUAUUGUUGCUGUAUUGUGUCCAUGAAGCAGGUAUUUGUAAUGAUGGAUGUACAAUAUCCAUUUGCAAUAAACCUUCUGUUUACACUAA